CAAUGUGGGUAAGUUCCCCUUAAAAUCCAACGUUCUAGGUCCCUGAAGCUGUGACUGUGCGUGGUGCUCGUGUGCACUCCACCGUGGACAUUCGAGGCAAACUAGGUUACUGACAAAGCUUGGGCUAACAUACGAAUACAAUGUGGUUAUGCUUCAUACCUGUGUGACCACAUUCCUAUGUUAUUUGUCCCAGUCCCUGCUAACGUUGCAAUCUUCCCUGAGCAGCAGAGCUCCUCAAUCACUGAUCCGCAGGUUUAUCACAGUGACAAUGUCGAAGUUCGAGGAAGUAAAAAGGGAGAUAAGCCAAUACGACUAUGUGAGGUUUGCCCUCUGUGACCUGAAUGGCAUGAAUCGUGGUCAAGUGGUAGCUGGUCGCUAUGCCGCCAAAUAUAUGGACGAAGGGGUGGACAUGUACGAAGACACAUUGUUAUUAGGCCCAAGAUCUGAAUUAGUGGACUUAUUCCACGAGAAGUACUAUAACCUUGGCAAUAUGUUGAUCUUCCCCGACCAUUACACACUGAGGUCGAUUCCAUGGGCUCCGGAGGGAGUGAAAGUAGCCGAGAUCUUGUGCGAGUCUCGAUGGAAGAAAGAUGGCUCUCCGCAAGAAGCUUGUCCUCGGUAUGUUGCAAGACAACAGUUUCAGAGAUUGAGUGACCUUGGAUUUGAUUUGUAUUCCGGCCAUGAAAUUGAAUUUAAACUCUUUGACCAGGAAACCUUGGAGCCAGUGUUUACAGGAGAAGAUGCGUUCAGCCACAGACUAUUUAACAAACAUAGCAAAGUGCUAUUUCACUUUGAUAAGCAAUUUCAACAAUCCAAGAUAGACGUUGAAAGGUAUCAUCUCGAAAUUGGACCUGGGCUUUUUGAAGCAGUGACAGAACCAAAGUAUGGAAUCGAGAGCGCGGACAUGGCCUUCAGUCUACAGGAAGGCCUCUUGGAAAUGGCUGAUGCUGAAGGUCUGAGAGUCAGUUUCAUGUCUCAUUCUGUAUAUAAUGAAAUGGGAAUCUGCAAGCAUUUUAAUUUUUCUCUUUGGAAUAGAUCUGGUGAAAACAUGUUUUAUGAUGGAAGUUCCCCAGACAAACUGUCUGAAGUUGCCAAGAAAUGGAUUGCUGGUAUACUGAAACACAGUAAAGCUAUCUGCGCCUUUGCAAACCCUACCGUCAACUGCUAUAGGAACCUGGGUAAACUUGCGUAUCCGUCAAUUAUCUACUGGGGAAUUGAAGACCGACAGUCAUGCAUUCGUGUUAAAAACGAAGGGCCUUCCAAAACAUACUUUGAGAACAGACUACCAGGCGGAAAGAGCAACCUGUAUCUCGUAGUGGCGUCUACUAUUGCUGCAGGACUGGAUGGCGUCAUUAAGAACAUGGAGUGCCCAUCCCCGGGCAAACCAGAGAACGGUGAAUCUCUCCCUCUUUCCCUGUCUGAAGCUCUGGAUGAGCUGGAAAAGGAUGAAGAUUUGUCCAAUGCCUUAGGGAAAGAGCUGGUGACAUGGUUUGUCAAGAGCAAGAGGGAUUCGGAGGUCGCUAAGUACAAAUCGGUUAAGACCGACGAAGAAAAAUUUGCUAUGGAAACAGCAGCAUAUCUCUGAUGUGUUAAAAUCUCGAGCUAUAUAUUCCCUUUAAAUUCGUUUGGCACUUUAGUUAUUAGACUCUAGUUUGAUUGGACAGUCAUAAAAAUAUGCCUCUGAUUGAAACAGCCUAUUUGUAAAUGAGUUUACGCUGAAGCAUAUGUGUAUGAGAAGGCACAAAGUCACUGUUGAAAGUAAAGGUGUCAGAAAGUGUUGGUUACAAAAUAUGGAGGAUCAGCAUCGAAAGACCGUGAAACGCCCGAUAACAAUCGAUUCAAACUAUUUGAAACAGAACAAGUCUGGCGUGGUCAUGCCUAGCAGUUUAAAGGAUGUUUAUGUGGAGGCUAUCCUUUGUUGUCAUGAAAUAGUAUAUUCCAGUUGGUGAAGAGACGCCAAACAAAUAGAAGACGAGAAAAGAAGCCGUCAGAAAAUGCAAAGUUCAACUACGGUAUAAAGAAGUUCCACGAAUUUGUCAGUUAGCUCAGAAAUGCCAUUACCAUGAAAGAAACUGCCAAUUGCCUAAAUUAUAUUCUGAUUGGUUAUAUUCUCAGUUAAGAAAAACUCUCACUUACGUAUGAGUAUCAAUAUCCUCUUUCUUUGGUUUAUUUUUUAAAAUAUAUUUACAAAAUUGAAGACCCCAUACAUCUCCAGAAUAUAAUAGGUGACAGCCCGCACCCACCCCUAAAAUGAUCACCAGAGACACGCACACACUCACAUACAUCACACGUACACACGUACACGCGCACGCACACAUCCCCCACCCUCUAGCCACAAAUUAUGAACGGUCCCUUAGUCCCGUCCAGAACCAGCAGUUACACGCAUACGCACUACUCACUUUCUAAAAUAGCGGUUGCUCCUUCAGGUGAUAAAGUUGCUGGUGAUUUACCAUUUAAAUUGUAUUUUCUGUUCUCCUGAGCAUAGUUUUAUACGUAGAUAUAAAGAUUUCUGUUGUACGCUUUCGUAAAAUAAGACGGACACCAGCAAUGGGAUGUUUCACAAUUCUCCCUGUGAUUCGGGGUUGAAAAAGUCCCUAAGAGUUUUGGUGCAAUGAUCGAAUAAAUGCCUCAUUCUAUUACAAAUUAUAUAUUCAAAAACACAAUAACGCUUAAUGCCGGACAAUAUUUACGUAUGGAAAUGUCGGAUCAGUAACAAUGGAGGCCUCACGCAGUCCUCCCACAGCAAAUGAAUGGCAACAGGUCAUAUAUUGGUAACAGGGAUGGCUCCGUGAAGACUGAUUAUGCAAAUCGGUGAUCUAAUGAAUAAAAUAAUAUAUCACAAAA